AUGUCCCUCCCGCGUCGCCGCGUCCCGCCGCGUCGGACGCGGGUGCGCCGGCCUGGGAGCCGCGUUCGUGCAUCCCAGAUAGUAAGUGAAUUGUAUGGUGACUUCUCAAGUCUCUCCAAGGAACUUGUUGGAAUGGAAUCCCGUGUGGAGGAAAUGAUGGCCUUCUUAGGAGGAAAAUUGUGGAUGCAUGAUUUGUUACAAGAAAUGGGUAAAGAGAUUGUUAGUCGUGAAGCACCUCAAGAGCCUGGGAGACGUAGUAGGUUGUGGAAUGAUAUGAAUAUUUUUUCUAUAUUGAAGAAUAAUACUAUAAGUGGAUUAGGGACGGAAUUUGUUGAAGGCAUGGUGAUAAACUCACCCCCACAUAAAGAAGAAUUGAAUACCGAAGCCUUCUCAAAGAUGACAAGACUUAGGCUGAUAAAAAUCUGCAAUGUGCAACUUCCUCAAGGCCUUAAUUAUCUUUCUAAUGAACUACGAAUGAUGGACUGGUGUGAUUAUCCUUUGAAAUCCAUGCCAAUUAGUUUUCGGCCAACCAAUCUUGUUGAACUCAUCAUGCCUCGCAACUGCAUCGAGCAACUACCAACGGGAUUUGCUAACUUGGACAAACUAAAACUCAUGGACCUUAGUGACUCUCAACACUUAAUCAAUACUCCUGACUUCAAUGGAUUCCCAAACCUUGAGAGGCUGCAAGGUUGCACAAGAUUGUAUAAGAUUCACCCAUCUAUUGGAGCUCUCAAGCGGCUUACUCUAUUACAUUUGAAAGAUUGCAAGCGUCUUCAUAGCCUUUCACAUGAGAUCAACAUGGAGUCACUUGAAAUUUUUAUUCUUUCUGGUUGUUCAAGACUUAGGAAUUUUUCAGAGAUCGGAAGAGAUAUGACACGUUUAUUGGAGCUUUAUCUAGAAGAAACUGCCAUAGAAGAACUACCAUCAUCAUUUAAGCAUCUAACUGGCCUGAUUUUAUUGAAUCUUCAAGAAUGCGAAAAUAUUUCAAGUUUUCCACAGUUUUUAAAUCUGAGCAAAAGCAAUUUUACAUGCCUACCUGAUAGCAUCUCUCAACUUCCUAAACUUAGAUUUCUUUACGUGGAUAACUGUAGCAGGUUUCAAGCAUUGCCAAAUCUUCCACUUAGUGCACAAUUUGUAAUGGCAAGAGGGUGUGCUUCACUGCAAAACAAUAAUGAAGUUGUUGUGUGGACUCCGGGUGAAACAAGAUAUACUUUUAUUAAUUGCCUCAGCUUGGUUGAGGAUAAAGAAUGCAAAAUCAUGGUGGUUUCUUUGCAAGAUAUACACUUCCAACCAUUGUGGCAAAUAUACAUGGAGGAGCAAAUUCAUCAAAGUGAAGGAUUUUAUAGCAUUUUACCUCAAACUAAAAUUCCAUGCUGGUUUAAUUGUCAGAACCUUGGAUCAUCUAUACCUAUCCUUUUGCCUUCUCCUCUGUAUGAUAACAAUAGCUAG